CAGUCGCGCGCCUCGCUCGCUCGCUCGCCGGCGGUGAUGCGCUGCUCGCUGGCCCCGGCGCUGCCCGCGGGGGGACCGGAUCGCCGCUCAGGUAAUUCUCAAACAGCUCAAUGAAAAGAAAACAAUGACAAGUUGUGGUCGGCAGUCCUUACACACGCUGACGGUUGUAUUCUGUUCACUCUUGUCAGCAGCUUUCUCCGCACAUUUUCGAGUCUGUGAGCCAUAUACCGAUUACAAAGGUCGUCCCCACUUUGGAUUCCAUUGUCCCCGACUUUCGGACAAUAAAUCGUACAUCUUUUGCUGUCACCAUAACAACACCGUGUUUAAAUACUGCUGUAAUGAAACAGAGUUUCAGACUGUUAUGCAGAUGAACCUCACAGGGAAUGCAGAUGGAUACAUGCAUAACAAUUACAGCGCGCUGUUAGGAGUUUGGGUCUAUGGGUUCUUCGUUGUAGUCUUGCUGGUUCUGGACCUUUUGUAUUACUCCUCCAUGAACUACGACAUUUGCAAAGUUUACAUGGCAAGAUGGGGAAUCCAGGGGAAGUGGAUGAAACCGGAAACAAGCCGGUGGAUUAAACCAGCUCAGGACUCAAGGCGAGUAGAGACUCAGACGCAUUCUCAGCCUCCCCCUCAACCGUCCCAGGCUGUCCACAGCUUAAAAGGAGAAGCUUUGACUCCACCGCUGAUGUCUUUCCCAAGUUCAACUGCCUGAAAAGAGAGUAUUUUGACGUGCCUCAAGAUGGGAGAGGUAAGAUUUCAGCCCAAGAAGAGCAGCUUUAUCUGAAAAGCACAAUGGGAAGUUCUUGAACGAUUAGGAAAAUGACUCCAAGGAGAUGGGUCAAUUGAAUCUCCACCGUGGCAAGCGAUGCUAUCCAGAGAUCUUGGUGAGGCAAUGUUACACAAGCGAUACCUUGGAGACCAAGACAUCCAUCCUGAAAGAAGAGAGAAAUUGAGGGGGUACCAUGCCCAUGGAAGUCCAACCUAGGGUGAAAAUACACUACAACGCCAGCCCGUGGCCAAUACACUUCUUUGUCCUUCUGGUUCAUUAAAUCUCCCUUGAGCCAACUCGUAAGGGUCAAAAUAAGUAGGUGACUUUUCCCUAAAGUCCUCUAGUGAAUAUUGUCACAACAAGCUAGAUGUAGGCUUUGUUGGCUUAAUCUUCUUUUGUCUUCAUGGUUUUCCUCCUUUGGGAGAUGGAUGAGAGAAAAGCUAUAAUUUGAAAUGGGGAAAAGUACCGUUUUGAUGGGCAAGAAAGUAGCAACCUUGCAUUUCAGUUUCUGAGCACACCGAAGUGGCCUCUCUUACCUGUGCAGGUGGGGAAUUGGGAAAAGAGCAUCCUUUCUCCUGACCCCAACUGGAAAAAUCAAAGAAAAAUGGAAACACUUGUAAUAAGUGAAAGCAAUAAAACAGCUGCUGCCUGCCCAGUCAGGCCAUUAUCCCGUUUGUUCAUGUAAGCAACCUAUCCCUUGCCCAUUAGUUGACCUUAAUAAUUAACUAAUAAUCCCUCAGGAAGCUGGUGACGUCCUUGUUGACAGAACUGCAGCGAUUCCUUGGUUAAGGAUCAGGAUGGUGGGCAAGCUUUGUGCAUUCUGAAAUAAGUUGGUCAAGAAAAGGAAUAUUUAAAGAAAGGGCAUAGCUGAUGAUUUGUUCUUACAAAAUUCCAUUAGUUCCCCCCCCCCUUCCAUCGAGCAACUUAACAAAUCAAUAUCGGAAGAGCGAUUCAGUUUAGCAGGUGGUUGUUAGGUUUUUCCUGGAAACAUUUGGUUUCCUCCCAUCAGUGUAAACCUUUUGGGCUGAAAAAUAUUGAUCAUUUUCCUGCAGAAUAUAAUAGCUGGUGCAAAAGGAAUACAGAACUAGGAUUACAAACACACACACACACACACAUCGUAUGCUUUGGGUAGAUCCAAGAAAGAGCGUAAAGAACAGCUUUUCACUGAGAUAACUUGCCUUGUAGGCAAAGAUUGGGCACGUCCUCCUAAGAAAGGGAACAUCGGCAUUUUCUCCUGCCCUUUGCCACGCAGUGGUCCUAACUUCAUGCUGAAGUUGCUUGCUCAAAUUGUCUUGCUUUUCCAUUCCUUGCAAGGAUCCUGGGGAAGCAGCAAGGGGAGAAUUAAUUCUCUCCCACAGGCCCUGCAUAUGUCCUCAGUCUUGUAGCAGCACUGGCCUGAGCAAUAUUCCUGCAUAUUCCAUCUCUCCAUAAGGGGACUUAUGUUCCUAGGACGGCCCUUGCCACUGGAUGUUUUAUUUACCCCACAACCAGUGGUUUCUGACAAAUACAGUGGACACAUUUUCACACCAGCGGUGAAUGCCUGACCUUCUAGCAAAGGAGUGCCCCAAAACUAAGGAUUUGUAUCAGAGGAAGGAGAAGUUAGGGCCCACUUUCAAUUGGAGAUUGCCUCCACUUCUAUAUGGUUGAUGGAUUAUGCCAGUGUUCCUCAACCUUGGCCACUUUAAGAUGUGUGGACUUCAACUCCCAGAAUU